UCUAUGACUGCACAUGCGCAGAAGGUAGAUACGUGGCAGGCGAAGAGAAGCAGUUGUCAUCAGCUGUAAAUAUAUUCACCAAAAUAAUGUAAACUCGGCAUUCUUCACCCACAACUCGCCAUUCGCCUGCUACACAAGAUCCAGAGCUCUUUUAUCUUUAUUUAUUUUGUACAAAAACUCUCGGAGUUUUCUCCAGACAUGGGAUUUCUGCCAAGGCAACAAGCUGUCAUUGUUGGGAUCGUUUUGUUUCUUUCUUUGUGUUUUCCUCCACAAGCUUUAGCUCUUGACGAAGCUGGUAGUCCAGAUAAGACCCCCAACAACGAAGAGGGUUCCCAUAGUGAGCGUUCUACAGAUGGACAAGAAAUUAAAGAUGAACAUUCUGCACACUCCGAAUCUAUAAUAAAUGAAAAUCCAAAUCCUGAUAUCCAGGAUUCAGACUUUAGUGUUGUUCAUGAGAAAGAACUGCCACCAAAUCCUCAUGAACAAAGAGUUAAACAUGUCGUGGAUACCACACAGGCGUACCACCAAGAUAAUGACAAGGAAAUUGAUGAGGAGAAUGAACAGGAUCAUAAUACCAGACAAGCAGAUUCUGCAGCCACAGGAAAUCAGCACAAUACUGAGGCAAACACAGACAAUGGUAAAGAUGACAUUAAUGAAGAGCUUUUUCCAAGUAGCUUUUCCCCUGUAGCUCCUAAUAUUGGGAGUUCAUCUGGACAAUUAGAACCAACUAGCCAAUCUGAUGGAAAGAAAGGCGAUCCUUUGAGUGAUGUAGAGUCAACCCAGAAAAAGAGAAAGAAAAAGAAAUCAAAAAAAGGAAAGAAGAGAAAAAAUCAAGAACACAGUGAAGAAUAUGAUGACCACUAUGAUGGUGAUGACAAUUUUGACAAUUAUAAUGAUGAUAAAGUUGGAGAUGAAGUACAAGAUGACUUUGACGACCCAAUCAGAGAAGAGAGGGAGGCACAGAAACAGUACUGGGAUGAUGGUAGCCAUGACGAUGGAAGCAAGGAUGAAGAGGAGGAUGCUACUGUAAAGCCAAAUCCUCCUCCACAUCUUGAUGAAGAGAAGAUCAAACAACUCCAUGAUGAAUUGAAAGAGGAAAUUAAAAGCAUGGCAAAAGACUCUGAAAAAGACCUGGAGGAUGCCAAGAAGGAUCUGAAAGAGGAGAUAGAACAGAUCAAAGAAGAGAAUGAGGCUUUGAAGAAAAAGAAUAAAGGUUUGAAAGAGGAAGUUGGCUAUCUGCGGUAUAUGGAAGCAAAACAGCUGCUAAACAAAACAAAACCGAACUACAAAGAAGCCUACAAAAUCUUGGAGGAAGCAGCCUUUGUGCACAACUAUACAAAGGCCCAAGAAAUGGUGGCAUUUUCAUACCUGUUUGGUGAUCAUCUCCCCAGAAAUUUCAGCAAGGCUUAUGAAGUACUCAUAGAUUUGGCCAACAAGGGCUCCCCAGCCGCCCAACAGGGUCUUGGGUUCAUGUAUGCCACAGGAAUCCAUGUGAACUCUAGUCAGGCUAAAGCACUGGUCUAUUAUACAUUUGCUGCAUUGGGUGGAGAUGUCAAGGCCCAGAUGUCGCUGGGCUACCGCUACUGGGCGGGUGUGGGUGUCCAAGUGGCUUGUGAGACAGCUCUGACGUAUUACAGAAAAGUCUCAAACAAAGUUGCUGAGGAUGUGUCAUUGAGUGGAGGACCAGCAGUCCAUCGAGUGCGGCUACUGGAUGAAGACGACCAGGGUGGCAAUAAUGCUGUUCUUGAUGAGGACUUGAUUCAGUAUUAUCAAUUCCUUGCUGACAAGGGAGAUGUUCAAGCACAGGUUGGGCUUGGUCAGCUGUAUUUCCAAGGUGGGCGUGGUGUUGAGCUAGACCAUCAGAGAGCUAACAGGUACUUCCAGCAAGCGGCUGAGGCAGGAAACUCGAAUGCCAUGGCAUUCCUGGGCAAGAUGUACUCUGAGGGCAGUGAGGUCGUCAAACAGGACAACAAGACUGCUUUCAAAUGGUUCAAAAAGGCAGCAGACAUGGGUAACCCUAUUGGCCAGAGCGGUCUUGGACUCAUGUAUAUGUUUGGAAAAGGUGUUGAUAAGAAUUACGAGAAGGCUUUCCAGUAUUUCAAGAUGGCUGCCGAGCAAGGAUGGGUUGAUGGGCAUCUGCAGAUUGGGACAAUGUACUACCAUGGUCUUGGUGUUCGAAGGGACUACAAGAUGGCAAUCAAAUUCUUCAAUCUUGCUUCCCAAUCCGGUCAUGUGCUUGCCUUCUACAAUCUUGCUGUGAUGCAUGCCUCUGGCACAGGAAUCAUGAGAUCAUGCAACACUGCUACUGAGCUGUUUAAAAAUGUUGCCGAGCGUGGCCGUGUUGCGACAAUGUUGAUGGAAGCACACGAGGCGUAUCGUGGUGGCCAAGUAGACACAGCUCUUCUCAAGUAUGCCAUGCUGGCAGAACUAGGCUAUGAAGUGGCACAGAGCAACUUGGCCUACAUCUUGGAUCAUGGUCUGUCAGCGGUCAUUAUCCAGAACGAGACAUAUCCACGUGCACUCAUGUACUGGACACGUGCAGCUUCACAAGGUAACACACAGGCUCGGGUGAAGGUCGGUGAUUAUCAUUACUAUGGUUACGGCACCGAGGUGGAUUACGAGCGGGCGGCGCUGCACUAUCGAUUGGCUUCUGAACAGCAACACAGUGCCCAGGCCAUGUUCAACCUCGGCUACAUGCAUGAGAGAGGCCUAGGGAUGAGACAGGAUAUCCACUUAGCUAAACGCUUCUAUGACAUGGCAGCACAGACAAAUCCUGAUGCCCAGGUCCCUGUGGCACUAGCUCUAAUCAAGCUGGCCGUGCUGUUCUUCUGGGAAUGGGUACGAGAGAACUACGCUUUCUGGACAAAGCUGGAUGCUUCAUCAUCAUUCACAUUGUCACACGAGCAUUUGGACAUUUACGUGAUGACCUUCCUAGCACUGGUGUUUGGUAUUAUUAUGCUCCUACGCAGACGAUAGAGACGACCAGUCAGAUGGCGGCGGCAGAUAGUGUACACAAGAUGGCAGCAUUUAAUGAACACAGGAUGUAGAGACCUGUUUGUGGAUUCAAACAAAACACAAUUCCAGACCAGUACCAAUGAAGCUUUUACUCAAAUCGCUAUUUUUAGUGAUUUGAGUUUCCUCAGAUCACUGUAAUACGCUUCCAAAGCUUUUAUAUGGUUAGCGUAUUUGCAAAACGAUUUAACUUCAUGGUUUUAUAAAAGAGAUGCACACUAAGAUUUUGAACCUUUGAACCUGAGGCCCAAUGUACACAAAACAACAUGCAUCAGGCAGCUCUGAAAUAGAAAGCACUCUAAGAUAGACCUUUGAACCUGAGGCCCACUGUACACAAAACAACAUGCAUCAGGCAGCUCUGAAAUAGAUUGUAAAAAUAAAAAAAACACUGCAUGUUCAUUUUGAAGAGUAUUUGAAAUAAAAAUAAAAGAUUUUUA